UGAGUUUCAUGACGUGAACGGAUAUAGGUUAUGCUUGGGGAAGGAUAAAAGACAGAGGACGUUAUUCCUUCUUGACACUGUGUGCCUACUCACUGUUCGCUGAGCACCUCUCAGUACACAUACACACUCAACAUUCAACUAACACAGGAGUGACAACACACAGCUGGAGACCUAAGGAGACACCAAAUAUACGUAUCCUGAAGAAGACAUAAACAACACUUGUCACUACUUACUGAAUACUGUCCGCCCUGUGAUUACUGCUUCUCUUCGUUUCUGCAAGACAACCUUCCUGGUGACGUGAAGUGCUCAUCAGUGGUGUAGAGAGCUAUGGCUGACCGCUACAGUGACAGAUGGCGGGUGUUGGCGCUGAUGGUACAGAUCUUGCUACUGACACUUAUGACCUCAGCCAAAAGAACCGAAAACUGUGAUACAUUUCCAGCACUUGACAACCCACACAAAGUCGACGUUCACUGCAACUGCAUGCAACGACUCUUUCAUACGAACUUGUCAAUCUCACAGCUGACCAUUAACCAGACGUCGUGUUUCGAAAAGGGAUUGGAGCUAAACUGGCCUGACUUGGAGACGAUGGUAGCCCCAGACACCCUCCUCCUGGUGGGAGCCCAGGUCUUCUUCGCUAACAAUAUAGUUGCUAACUGGAACUCCAGCAUAUCUAGACUCAGCUUUUUCGAUUCGACCUUUGACUUGCUGCCAGCCCACGUCUUCAAGGGCAUGAAGCUGUUGAAACAGAUCAGGAUAUUCGGAGGGUCAGUUGGUAUAAUCAAGUCCAAUGCUUUCAGCAACCUCGACCAACUCCAACUUGUCGAGAUAGCUAACACUAGUAUCAGUAUGAUAGAAAGUCACGCCUUCAGUAACCUGUCAUCACUAGAAGACUUAGCUAUCGUGUACACCAGUGUAGGAACCAUAGAGACAGAAGCAGUUUCUCUCAACAGGGAAACCACUGAAGAAAUUAACUGUGCAGACAUCAGGGUAUCUGCUUCUAACUCAAAAAAUGUCAUUGAUGUUAUACGUCGUCAAAUAACAUCCACGGCUAAUGUUUCCCUCCCAGAGUUUGGAACACGCCUCUACCUCUUCAAGAACAAUAUUCAGAGCUUGAAAACCCGUGCUCUUGCCACCCAUACUCUGGGAUUUCUUAUUGUUGGUGGAAACCACUUUGAAAAUGUAGAAUCCUUGGCAUUUUCAAUGGAACUUUACAACGGGUGUGAGAUCAGCGCAGCACUUUUCAUUGGCAACACGAUCACCAAUCUACAAAGACAUGCUCUGAGAGGCCUGACGGGAAGCGAUGGUGUGCCCUACCAAACCUUCAUUGCUCUGAGCAACAACAAAUUCCACAAAGUGGAAGAACAAGGUUUCCGACUAAACAAGAACGUUAUCAUCUACAGUGCUGAUGAAAAUCAUUUCGACUGCACCUGUGAUGCAUUAGACUGGCUCCAGAGUAACAAUGAUUCUCAAGAGGAACAAGAACUGGAAAAGGAACUAGUUCUGAAAGCCAUAUGUCUAGACGGGACCAACCUGGUCUCCUUCGCCACAGCGUGCACAGACCAUGGAACCGACACAAAAAUAACCCCUGACACGCAUCCACCAGUGCCUCCGACACAAUCAAGCGGAGUCUCAGGCCACAUACAGUCCACCUUCAGCGCCACCUUCAGCAUUCUCACCCUAGUCAUCAGCAGGUCACUUAUCUAAGGCCCUUUGCAAUUAAUGGGGACGUAAGAUUUAAUCCAAGGGGGGAUAAUUCCAAUUUCUUGGAUCAAGAGUCCUUUCUUAGCUUCAAGGUACACCUUCUGAAGGUCCAUCCAAGAGAAAUGCAAGUUUGGUCUCCAGUCAAGAGUGAAUUGUUACAUUCAUGGGGAGGGCUAAACCCGUGAUUAUUAUAAUAAAACAAAGCUCUAAAUCGACAAGGGUCAUGCAAGUAAACCCAUAUGAACCAUACAGUUCAUGGGGACCGGAAACAGGGUCGAUCCAAGGAAAGUAAGGUCAGUUCAAAUACCUUGAAUAAAGAGCCCUUCACCGGUAUCAAGGCACCUCCCGUGAGAGUAGUCAAAGAAUGAAAAUGCCAAAAACUUGUGUGCUUCACAGCCAAGAUAUCAAAACACUAGUAUAGUGGAACACUAAUGAAACCAAACACUGACUAAUCAUUAGUUUUCACAAAUAAAAAUUAAAACAUUGUUCCAUCAUCUCUCCAAUAAAACAAGAACUAGUAUAUCCUACAAUGUUCCGAAUCUCUUAAAAUGUAUUUCAAUAUGAAAUGUUGAGGACUGUCUCACCGUUGCUGUCUUCCCGUCACACAAGACCACCAGGCACUUCUUUCCAACUUGACAGAAUCUACUUUGUAGAUAUAUUUAUAUUUAUACCUCUGUUAUUUAUAGCUACCAAAUAUUUAUAUUUGCUAAUAUAAACCAAUAAAACACUA